AUGCGAAUUUUGAGCUUAAACUUAUUAAGACUUCCAAUAUUCUUGAUUAUAUAUAAUUUGGUUACUUUUUGUAAUUGUUAUAAUCCUGAUACCUCCACGAUUCAACCAAUCCCAACUCUAUCAGAUGCUAUUAAACCUGGAAAUAUACCAGCAAGAGUAGAUCUUGGCACAAUUGAUAUGCUAGAAGCUCAUAACUUAUACACGGCGGAAGUUACAUUGACUAAAUUAUUGGCUGCCAUGAAGAAGCAGCAAGAGCUAAAAGAACAUGAAAUCAAUAUUAAGGCAGCACUGGCCUCAAAUUUGCAGAAGUUAAAUGCUAUAAAUGAAUUAAUGCAAACAUUAGUUGAGUAUACAGCUGAAAAUUUGGGUAGUAUGGUUGGAGAACUUCAAAAUACGGUUGAAAUGAGUGAAGAUACCAAAACCCUUUUUUUUGAAGAAUUAAACUAUAAAGUGAUACCAGUUAAAAAACUUCCUUUAGCUGAAUAUUCUCAAGAAGAAUUAGAUAUAUUUGCUAAAUUUUCUGCAAGUGGUGAUUAUCAGGGACUAGACUGCCCUUUAAGUUGUGCUCCUAGUGUUUGCGAUAAUCAAUCGAAUAAGGUAACCCACUGUUUUAAAGCUAAAACAUUUAAGGAUGGGAGUAUAUCAUCUGAAUGUACUCCUUUUACAAAUAUGGAUACUUUAACUUGUCCAGAUGGCUUUGUUAGGUGUGCAUUGGCCCAACCGAGCAGAGGCAAUGUUUAUGAAGUAGCAGUUGCCGACAAGGAUAAAAAUGGAACUUCUAUUGCUAUAUCUGGAAGAAACAUGCAUCAGUGUCUUAGAUUACUUGUUGUCCCUCACUCAAUAAGUUGUUCAAUAGAUAAUAUAUUUUCUGCAAUUCAGGAAUCUCAGCGUAUUAUUGUACCGAGUGGAACUAGUAUAUAUCCAUUGGUUUAUGGAGAUGUGGUUCUUUUCAAAAAUCUUCAAAUAAAGAAAGUUGGUGAUUAUCAACUUUGCUUACUACAGUUUCAUCAAGAUCCAAAUACUAAAGGUGGAUCUGGAACUAGAAUAUUAGGAUCUGACACUAUUGGAGAAAUUAAUGUUGUUGAUCCUGAUAGUAAUGCAGUUGUUGAACACUUAAACUAUGGAGUCAAUACUACAAUGAGCAAAGUUACAGAUAACAUUAAAUCUAACAAGAGUGAUUCCAAAAAUGACAACUCAACUUAUACUGAAAGUAAAAAUAAAGAAUUAUUACCUAUAGACGAGAUUACUCAUACAGAUAUUCCAGAAAAGAACAAAACUGAACAGAAAGAACUAGAAACAGACCCAAAAAGUGAAGAAUCUACAUAUUUUAAAGAGGAUGUUAUCAGCAAUGAGGAAAGUGACGAUGAGGCUAAUACUAAAACUAAUUCUAUAUGGUAUAUCGUUGCUAUAAUUAUUUUCCUUGUCAUUGUUGGAGGACCAAUAUAUUAUUAUUAUUAUAAACACAACAUUGUGAAAGUGGAAAUCCCCGAACAAAUUCCAAUACUAGAUACUGAGUCUCAAAAUACGACUUUAACUAGUAGAAAAACAAAACGAUCAUGA